CCUCCCGCCAUCUUCCUUGAGGAAAUUUUGUUGUCUUUCCUCGUCCUGACGUUUCUCUGCAAGCUUUGGGUUGAAUUCUGUGUCCCUGAAGCUAUAAUUCCAGAAACCUCUAUAUCUUUCCAAGAGCAAAGAAAAUGAAUACAUCUUUGGACUUACUCCCCACCUCCCCAGAUUCCUGGUUAUCUUCUCAGCACUGAGCUUCAUUGCCUGACACUGCACACCAGUAAAACUGCAACCUUUACUUCCUUGAUCUAUGUACAAACUGGAGAAUGCCCACUGGGGUUUGUGUCAUUUGAGGACAUAGCUGUGGACUUCACCUGGGAGGAGUGGCAGGAUCUGGAUAAUUCUCAGAAGACUCUAUACAAGGAUGUGAUGCUGGAGACCUACAAUAGCCUGGUAUUUCUUGGUCACUGCAUUACCAAACCUGAGGUGAUCAUCAAGUUGGAACAAGGAGCAGAGCCAUGGAUUGUAGAAAACCCCCCAUACCAGAGACUUUCAGAUGUCCAGAGAAUGGAUGACCUGUUAGAAGCUAGCCAGAAAAAUCCAGACAGACAUUUCUGGCAAGUUGUAAUCACCAACAGCAGUACAUCAACUAAAGAGAGAGUUGAGUUAGUAAAAAUAUUUAGUUUGAGUUCAAACCAUAUUGCAAAGAUGGUUAUAAGUAAUGAAAAUGAUUCAGUAAUGAGUCCUGAGGAGUUUAAUGUAUGUCAGAACAUUCUUUUUUCUAGUGAGCCUGGUGAGAUAUAUGAUGGAGAGAAACCUGAUACCUGUAAUGUAAAUGAGAAAUUCCCCAGCUAUCAUGAAAAUCUUAAUCAACAUCAUAUGGUUCAGUCCAUGGAGCAAAAUUUUGAAUAUAAUGGACAAGAGAAAGCCUUCCACACAGAAGGAAUAUUGUGGACACAUAAGAGGGUUCACAUAGAAGAUACCCUUUGUAAAGGUAAUGAAUAUGAAAAAACCUGUGGUAAGUCAGUUCUCAUUGCCCAAGACAUGACUCAGCUAGAAAAUAAAACUUUCUAUAAAGAAUCUAACCUCGCCAAUCAUAACAAUUUAGAUUCAGGAGAGAAUGACUAUAAAUACAUUGAAUGGGAGAAACUUUUUAAAACAUCAAUUUUUACAGUACCUCAGAGAACACAUACAGGACAAAAGCCCUAUGCAUGUAAUGAAUGUGAGAAAUCAUUUUCUCAGAAGUCAGUCCUAAAUGUUCAUCAGAGAACACACACAGGAGAGAAACCUUAUGAAUGUAAAGAAUGUAGGAAAUCUUACUACCGGAAGUCAGACCUCACUGUACAUCAGAGAACUCACACAGGAGUGAAACCAUACGAAUGUAAAGAAUGUAGGAAAUCUUUCUACUAUAAGUCAGCCCUCACUGUACAUCAGAGAAUUCACACAGGAGAAAAACCCUAUGAAUGUAAAGAAUGCAGGAAAUCUUUCUACCGGAAAGCACAUGUAAUUCUACAUCAGAGAACUCACUCAGGAGAGAAACCCUAUGUGUGUAAAGAAUGUAGUAAAUCUUUCAACCAGAAGUCAUACCUUACUGUUCAUUUGAGAACUCACACAGGGGAGAAACCCUAUGAAUGCAAGGAGUGUGGCAAAUGUUUCUAUCAGAAGUCAGAACUCACUAACCAUCAGCGAACUCACACAGGAGAAAAACCCUAUCAGUGUAAAGAAUGUGGGAAAUCUUACUACAAAAAGUCAUACCUCACUGUGCAUCAGAGAACUCACACCGGAGAAAAGCCCUAUGAAUGUAAAGAGUGUAGGAAAUCUUUCCACAGCAAGUCAAAGCUCACCGUACAUCAGAGAAUUCACACAGGCGAAAAACCAUAUGAAUGCAAAGAGUGUAGGAAAUCUUUCUGCCGGAACUCAGAUCUUACCGUGCAUCAAAGAACGCACACAGGAGAGAAGCCGUAUGAAUGUAAAGAAUGUAGGAAAUCUUACUAUAAUAAAUCAUACCUUACUGUACAUCAGAGAACUCACACAGGAGAGAAACCCUAUGAAUGUAAAGAGUGUAGAAAAUCUUAUUUCAACAAGUCAUACCUUAUUGUACACCAGAGAACUCAUACAGGAGAGAAACCAUACGAAUGCAAAGAGUGUAGGAAAUCUUUUUACAGCAAGUCAAAACUUACUGUACAUGAGAGAACUCAUACAGGAGAGAAACUCUAUGAAUGUAAAGAAUGUAGGAAAUCUUUCUAUUGGAAGUCAGACUUCACUGUGCAUCAGAGAACUCAUACAGGAGAGAAACCCUAUGAAUGUAAUGAGUGUGGAAAAACCUUUUGUCAGAAGUCAUACCUUAGCAAACAUCAGCGAACUCACUCAAGGGAGAAAUCUUGUAUAGCAGAGACUGGUUGUGUUCUCCAGAAUCCACUAUCUUCUCUCUGGGACACACAGUCUGAUUUUCUCAGCCUCCCUUUAUUGUGGGUUGGAUCGUGCAACUGAAGUCUUUGCAGGAGGCUAUGGACACAAGCAAUCAUUACUUCUUGACCUUAUUUCUCAAACCCUGUGGCUCUGGUCUGCAGAUGACCCUCAUCGUGGCCUUAAGAGUUAUACUUGGAAAAAGGCCACUGUAAUUUAGAUAUAAAGAACUGGAGACAGCACAGAUGUUCCUACCUGUAAUCUGGAAACUUUCCUUUGUAUUUAUGAUCGUGAGAAACACAUAUCUACUCUGUCAGUGCAUUGUGUAUCUGAUCUGUUUGCAAUACAGUUCAGUCCACUGUAGCUAAUUCUCUCUCUGAACUUUCUGAGGGUAGUUAACAGUCUUUAUGGAUCAACAUAUCCAUGCAUGAGGCAAACCUCUGCUGUAAUUUUUCAUCCCCAACUUUAUGGAUAUGUGAGAGAAAUCAUCAGCAAAAACAAGGCAACAGUCUUGGUAAUGCCUCUGUCAGGCAGAGAAGUAUCUUUCAACACUGAAAAUACACCGAAUAUUUGCCAAUAUUUUAAUGCAUCAAAGGUUUUUGAAUACUAUCAUCAUAUAUUAACUUACUUUAAUUGGCUAAUAUUUUGAUUACUCAACAUUUUUUUGAACUUUGUUCUAGUAACAGAUCAGCUGAGUAACCACAGAGGUUAUCACAUCACCUAGGUACACCAGCCAUCUUGUAUAUCCAGCACUGUUUGGUUUAUCUGGAAUGGAGAGUGAGUCUCUUCUAUCCUCUGGUUUCAGUAGUCACUUACUCUAUCAGGAGUGUAUAUACAGGGUGGAGAGAGGCUGUGGUCAGUGUCCUGGGGGCCUAGGAAUCCAGGUGUUUGUGUGUGUGUGUGUGUGUGUCCCCCCUUUAGUUUGCUUACACCAUUGAGGUGCAUUACUCCUGUUUGUAGUUGAGUCCUUCCUUGACUGAAUUUAUAUGGCCUGUGUCUGAUCUCUUUGAUUUCACUGAGCUAUUCUUAGUUAUGCUUAAAUAUAAUACACAAAGUUAUAGUAACUCUGGACUGCUAUUUAAAUACUUUUUGUUCAU